AACGAAGUGACCAGCGGAAUCGAAAAGACGAUGGAAAGAUAAACUUGUAAACGAAAUGAAAUUGUAGGUAUUUUAAAGAUAUUUUAACGGCGUUGCAAAGUGUCUGGACCAUACCCCACGAACAUGAGCAUGAAUUGGAGCAGACAAGAGACUGGAGUGGGUGGGAACUAACUGGCAGUAUAAGCCUACUCACAUGUUUAAGCAUUUACUGCUAGUUGCACUUAAAUAUAGCUGGGGUAACUUUGGGACUGACAAGCAGGUUAUCAUUUCUAGUAAAACGAGUGUUUGCAUUGGUCCUGGAGUUUUGAAAGUGUUUCCUCAUCACAAGAAAAGUGUAUUUUUUAUUAUAGGAUGCUCACAUUGUUAGCCAUCUGGCAACUCUGCAAAGCUGUUACACCGAUACUUGGCAAUGUAAAUACUGUCUAAUGGUGAUCUAAAAGCCCUUUCACCAGGAUGAAUGUUUUCAGCAAAGGACGUUUCUGCUUGCGGUGGAGGUUACUGGCGUUUUUAUGUUUUUGGACUGGGAUACUUCCAAAAAGCAGCGCCUGCCCCAAGUCAUGUGCUUGUUAUGUUGCGACUGAAGUGCACUGUACAUUUAGAUAUUUGACAUCCAUACCUGAGGAAAUUCAGCAAAACGUGGAGCGCAUCAACCUUGGGUACAACAGUUUAAUACAAUUAAAAGAAAAUUAUUUUUCUGGACUUAAGCAUCUGGAGUUGUUAAUGCUGCACAGUAAUGCAAUCCAAACGAUAGCAGACAAGACAUUCAGUGAUCUGCAGUCUUUACAGAUCCUGAAGAUGAGUUACAAUAAAGUCAAAGAACUGAACAAGUACACUUUCCAUGGUCUUCAAGGCCUAAUAAGGCUCCAAAUGGAUCACAACAACAUUGAGUUUAUUAACCCUGAAGCCUUCUAUGGACUUACAUCAUUAAAACUGGUUCACCUGGAAGGGAACGCGAUCCGACAGCUUCACCCUGAUACCUUUGUUACCCUGUGUUACAUUCAGAUCUUCAAAACAUCUUCCAUCAAAAACAUUUACCUCUCAGACAACGCCCUGAGCAGCCUACCGCCUGAAAUCUUUUCUUACGUUCCAGACCUCGAGAGCGUCUAUCUACAUGGAAACCCAUGGGCCUGUCACUGUAACAUGGAAUGGUUUGUGAAAUGGGUGGAAGAAAAACCAGGAGUGCUGAAGUGCAAACGAGACAGAUCAUACGCCAGUGGUUUUCAGUGUCCCAUAUGUGAAACACCUGUUGCAUCUAAAGGCAAAGAUAUGUCACGUCUUCCCUUGUCAACCUUGGCCUGCUUCAAACCUGCGAUAGAUCCUCACCUUAAACAGAAGAAUAUUUCCUUAGAUGAAGGAGACUUCACUCCAGUUUCUUCCAAGGACUUUAUUGCACCAAUUGGAUCUAUGGUCCUGAAUAUGACAGAUCAGUCAGAAAAUGAUGCAAGUGUGGUCUGCUCUGUCCAAAGACCCAGGGAAUUAAAAGGAUUAUCCGUAGAUGAGAAGGAUGAUGUCACAUUUUUAAGUGCAUCUUUCUCCACGUAUUUGGUUUGUAAUAUUGACUAUGAGCACAUCCAGCAGCUCUGGAGGAUACUGGCCAUGUACAGUGACUUACCCAUGACGCUUUCAAGAGGUUUGAUGCUUACUAAAACACCAUAUAUAAGUUACAAGUAUCAACAAAAAGAAGAUGAUGAAGAAGCCGUCUUUAGUGGCAUAGAAGCAGAAGUCAAAGCAGAUCCUAUAUGGCUGAUGCAAGGACAGUUUACGUUGCAAUUAGACAGGACAACAACUACAUUCAGUACACUUCAUAUCAAAUAUGCAAGUGACAUUCAAAUGAACAUCGAAAAUAAACCCCACAAAUACACCUGGGCCAUGAUAAAGAAAGAUAACACUACAAAAACAGAGCACUCGGUUUUGAUAGGUGGCACAGUGGAACUGGACUGCCAAGCCUUUGGGGAACCCAAGCCUGCAAUUGAAUGGAUUAUGCCCGAUGGUAGCAAAGUGCGUGCACCUUACAGUAGUGAAGACGGGAGGAUUAUAAUUACUACGUCUGGCAGAUUUACAUUAAAGGCAGCGGACAGUUCUGAGACAGGAUUGUAUCGCUGCAUAGCAACAAAUUACCUAGAUGCAGACGUGCUUGCCUUUAGGAUUACCGUUUUGAAUCCAGAUGUGGAAGAGAUAGAUGUCAAUGGUGCUCAGAUGUCCAGAGCUCUUGGAGAAAGUCUGUUUCUUCCAUGUGGAUCUGUUGGCAUUCCUGAAGCAUCUAUUAACUGGAUAUUACCAGAUCAUACUGUGCUAGACAAGUCAUUAGGAAAUAAAAAACUUCAUCAAAAUGGCACGUUAGGAAUUCAGGGGAUAACUGAAAGAGACCGUGGUUUUUAUAGAUGCCUUGCAUCAAAUCACUAUGGAGUUGACAUUUUAUCUUCCAAAAUAUUGCUUGCAGACAUUCCUAGCCGGGAAACUACAUUAAAGGUGGACAAUAAGUAUCUAUCAGAAGGCGAGGGGUCAGGAAAUGAGGGUGAUCCUGCCUCAGAGGAAACCAAAACAGAUUAUAAGGAACUAUCUCCAAGCACAUCCCUUAAAACCAGGCAAGAAUCUAGAACUUUAACUUCAAACAGAGUGUAUCCUACACAAAGGGAAACACAAGACAGAACUUCACUUCAUAGGAAAAACGGCUUGUCAAGCAAUAGGAGAGUCUGGGGAAACAGGAGAACAUUUAAUAAUUCAGCCAGGAAAGUAGACCCUCAGCGCUUUGCACAAUUCAUAGCAAAGGCUAAAAAUAAUAAAGCAGCCCAAAGUCGAAAUGAAAAAAUGACAGACAAGCCAUCUACAAAGAGCUAUUCAAACUUAUCAGGGGAUGGAGAAGAAACCUCACGAGAGGUCUUAGCUGAGGAUGAGUUUUUAAUAAUUACAACAAAGAUACCCAACAGUGUUUUAACUACCAUAGAAACUAAUUCUGAGGAGACAGCUGUUGUGUAUCCUGAAACACAUGAACUGUCAGUAGAGAUGCCAAGCACCCCUGUGACAAUGAGUAGUUAUGGAAAUGAGAAUAAUGCACAUACAUCUUCAAAGCCAACAACACCAUACACAACUAUCAUUCCUAAAGUAAAUAAAGUAUAUACGUAUGGACAAAUCAAUGAAAGACCCUUAUCUCAACCUGCGACGGUGAAAUCCAUAAUAACAGACUCCAGCUCUGAAAUGCAAUCAGCAUUUUCAGGUGAAUCAAAUACUUAUCUCAAAACCUCAACCACAGUUCAGCCUUUAUCAACAACAAAAGUGUCUAACAUUGGGUUAUAUGCAUAUGGACACAUCACUAAAGGACCCUUAACCCAACCUGCUACAGUGAAAUCAAAAGUCACCGAGUCAAGUACUGGAGUGCAGCUAACAUUUUCAGGUGGACCUAAUGAAUAUCCGAAAAUCUCAACAUCUGUUCAGCCUUUAUUAAGUAGAAAGGCACACAAUAUAGCAAUACCAGAAUUAACUAUUGCAAAGCCUGGACCUUUGCCAGAAAUUCCAGUUAAAGUUUCAACAGAAUCUAGUCAGAAGAAAUCUGUCACAGCCAUCACAACUGCUCAAGGUGAACGAGACGAGAUAACGUUUCAUACCAUGCAGAAGAUAACAUCCCCUCGACUGCCUGUAGGAUCUACUAUCAUCUCCCAUCAACAGAUUCAGAUCAUUAGAGGUGACACUUCGAAUCCUUCUGUAAGUAAGCAGCGUUCUGGCAAAAUAAGAAAGUUCCCUGGUAGGCGCAGAAUUGUCAGACCAAACAAAAUUCCAGAUAUACAUGCAUACUUACAUACGUUUGUGAAGCCAAACAAAGGUUCUGCAAUAUCUGAAAAAGAUAAUGCUACCACUCCUGUAUCUAUUGAGCUAACUACAAAAUGUGAGUAUCAUAUAACCAAUGCUCCACCGGGGAUUGUUGAACCAGGUCCUGAAAAAACUGGAACCAAUACCACUGAAGCUAGCAGAAAGGCUAAAGAUCCUAUCAGUGUGGUCAAACCCUCAUCAAAAAAUGAUAGUCAGUAUAAUUCUGCAUACAAUAAAUCUAAAACAACUACCAAACCAACAGAACCACAAAGAUCACUUAUAACUCCUACCUUUGCUCCACCUGACCGAACCAAAGAACAUGUUAUGACAUCAGUCAGUACCAGCAAAGCUGACAGACUCUACUCCACCACCACCCAAGCUACCACAACGUCCUCUAGGUUUAUUCGAGGGAAAAUUCCUUGGAAUAAACUUUUUGGAAACAAACAUAGUCAAAAGGAACUGCUUAAGAGAUUGCACAAACCAGUACGACCAGUGACCGCCACAAAAAUGACGCCAGCAAAAAACACCACUACCACAGCACCAGCACAAAUGACAGUCGCACUGCCCACAAGUGAAUCCCUAGCCCCACCUUUUACAACUUUGACGACAGCUAUUGACCAGUCUUCGGUCAUUCAGUCCUCAUUAACCUCAUCGGAUUAUGCUUCUGGGUCUACUUUUAUCACUGAAAGUCCACCAUCAAAAAAAUUCCUAGCCCCGCCUUUGAUGACUCUGGCACCAGCUAUUAGCCAGACUGCAGUCAUUGAGUCUUCAGCAACCUCCUCAGAUUAUUCUUCCGGGUCUUCUUUUACCACUGAAAGUCAACCAUCAAUUAAAGUCCAAGCCCCGCCUUUGACAACUUUGUCCCUUGUUAUUGAUAAUAGUGCUGCCGUUCAAUCUUCGCCUUUCUUGCCUGAUUACACUUCAGGGGUUCCAACAACUACUGAAACACCACCAGCAACUAGAAUCCUAGCUUCACCUUCACCAACAAUGUCAGGAGCUAUUGAUCAUACUACUGUGAUUCAAUCCACAGCUUCCUUGACUUAUUAUUCUCCAGGGUCUUCUAUGAUUACAGAAAUACAGCCGGCAACCAGAGUCAUUGCUUCACCUUUGUCAAAGACUGCAGUCAUGGAGUCUUCAGCAACCUCACCUGACUUUUCUUCAGGGUCUGAAGAACAUACAGUCUUAGACCUGCUCCCAGCUGUUACCUCUGUAAAGACUACAGCUGCAAUAUCCAAGCCCAAAAUAUUUACUUUCACUAGUACAACAGCUAGCAGCCCCGCCAAAACCACUUCAACCACCAACAGAAAGCAAAUUGUACCUUUUAGAAGAAAGGGACUUCGCCGCCGAAGACCAAAUAAAAACACAGUAAUGACCCAACAUAGCACAGCAGUUCCAUUUAGGAAAAAAGAGGCUCCCACUACAAUGAAAACCACCACCAGCAGCACCAGAUCUCCUAAGGCAUAUUUUACUACAACUACUGUGAAACCUACAACUAUGACCAAAACUACAACUACAGUCCAAACAUCAACUACUACCAAACCUACUACAACUACCAAAGCUGUUACUACACCUACCAAACCUACUACUACAACUACCAAACCUACAACAACUACUACCAAACCUACUACUACAACUACCAAACCUACUACGACUGCAACUACUACAAGACCUACAGCUACUACUAAAUCUACAACAAAAACAACUACUAUCAAAACAAGUGCUCCUGAAACUACAACUCGUGCUGUCAAAACUAUUUUAGGAAUCCCGUCUACUAAAUCAACAAAAACCACACAAAGUUCACAUUUUAUAAAACCCAGGCCAAAUCAAAUUACAGCUACUUUUAUAGAAACAAAAUCUCUCGAUGGAAGUGGGAGUUAUUUCCCUCGGCCAAAUAUACAGAAACCCACUUCUUCUCCAUCAACAAAAGUGACCCCAUGGUGGACUAGCAGGUUCUGGCAGAAACCACUUCCUGUGGCCACAGACAGAGGAAAGACUUUAACUAUUAACACACUGACGAUACUAAAGGCCCCUCAGAGGUACACAAAAGCCCCACCUACCUUUAGCAGUGACACGGAAAAUGCCAUAGCUAAUGGAUAUGAGAAACACAAUGAAUUGGAAACAUCAACUUCUAACAUCAUAGCCAUGGAACCUUUGCCAAAUAACCAUCCAUCAAAGCCCAGAAUAGUGGGUGGGAAUGCAGCCAGCUUCACUGUUCUUUCCAACUCUGAUGCCUUUGUACCAUGUGAAGCUUCUGCAAAUCCUAUUCCUACAAUAACCUGGACCAAAGUUUCUUCAGGUACGACGUUGACUAUGAAGGCCAAAUGGGGGAACAGAUUUGAAGUUUUUAAAAAUGGGACAUUGUCUAUCCAGAAUGUAAAUGUUCAGGACCGUGGACAGUACCUUUGUACAGCAGAAAACCAGCAUGGAUCUGACAAACUUCUUGUAACACUGUCUGUAGUGGCUUAUCCUUCACGAAUCCUGGAGCCUAAACUGAGAGAAAUGAAAUCUCAUUCUGGAAACACUGUGAUAAUAAAAUGCAAAGCAGAAGGAAGACCACCGCCUAUUGUCUCAUGGAUUCUUGCAAACAAAACGUUUGUCAGGGGUCCCGUUUCAGAAAACAGCAGAGUUUCAGUGGAUUCGGAUGGGACUUUAACCAUUAAGGAUGUUAGCGUGUAUGACAGAGGACAUUACAAAUGUGUGGCAAGCAACCCAGCGGGAGCCGAUACAGCCACAAUCAGACUGCAGGUAGUAGCUGCACCUCCUGUUAUUAUAGAAGAAAAAAGACAACAUGUGAAAGGAGAGAUAGGGCAAUAUUUGAGGCUGCCCUGUACAGCCAAGGGAAAUCCCCAGCCCACAGUGCGGUGGGUUCUGUUUGAUGGAACUGAAGUUAAACCUUUGCAGUAUGUCAAUGCAAAACUGUUUGCAUUUGCCAACGGGACUCUCUACAUCAAAAACUUAGCCACUUCUGACAGCGGAAAUUACGAAUGUAUUGCUACAAGUUCGACUGGCUCAGAAAGAAGGGUGGUUAAUUUGAUGGUGGAACAGGUGGAGACUGUGCCCAAAAUAGUGACUGCAUCGGAUCAACAAACUGACCUUAAUUAUGGAGACAGGUUAUUGCUAAACUGCUCAGCUGUCGGAGAUCCCACACCUCGAAUCAUUUGGAGAUUACCCUCAAAAGCUAUUGUAGACCAGUGGCACAGGAUGGGAAACCGGAUCCACGUGCAUCUUAAUGGCACCUUAGUUAUCGAUUCUGUCAGUGAAAAAGACGCCGGGGACUACCUCUGUGUUGCCAGGAACAAAAUCGGAGAUGAUCUUCUGCUAAUGAAAGCCACUGUUGCGAUGAAGCCGGCAAAGAUAGAAUACAAGCAAUUCGUAAAAAAACAAGUGCCAUACGGAAAUGACCUGAAAGUAGACUGCAGAGCUUCUGGAGCCCCCGAACCCGAGAUAACAUGGGGUUUGCCGGACGGUACGAUGGUAAACAGUGUGCUGCAGGCUGACGACAGUGGCACCAGGAGACGCCGCUACGUUCUCUUUCAUAACGGAACCCUGUACCUAAACAAGGUCGGGGUAGCCGAAGAAGGAGACUACACUUGUUAUGCAGAAAAUACACUUGGGAAAGACGAGAUGAAGGUCCACGUCACUAUUGUGACAGCAGCUCCUCGCAUCAGGACCACGGCCCAUACGUUUGCGAAAGUGGAAGCAGGGGCAAAGGUGAUGUUCAACUGCGAGGCAGUGGGAGAGCCCAAGCCAAAGAUAAUGUGGCUCUUGCCAUCUAAUAACAUGAUUGCAGCUUCAAAUGACAGGCAUCUGAUGCAUGUAAAUGGCUCGCUGGCUAUCAGUAAUCUCAAGGUGACAGAUUCUGGUGAAUAUCUGUGUGUAGCCCGAAACACUGCGGGAGAUGACACAAAGGUCUUCAAGCUUGAGGUUGAUGCCAAUCCCCCAGUUAUAAACGGAUUGUACAGAAACAAAACCAUCAUUAAAGAUAGUGCAGUGAAACACACAAAAAAGCUAAUUGACUGCAAGGCUGAGGGAACUCCAACGCCACAAGUCAUGUGGAUUAUACCGGACAAUAUUUUCUUAACAGCUCCAUACUAUGGUAGUAGAAUAAUAGUACACAGGAACGGCACAUUGGAAAUUCGCAACGUCAGAGUGACGGAUACAGCUGAGUUUGUAUGUGUAGCUCGUAAUGACGGAGGAGAGACUGUUAUGGUGGUGCAGUUAGAGAUCACCAACAUGUUGAGGAGGCCCAUGUUCAAGAACCCAUUUAAUGAGAAAGUAAUGGCAAGAACUGGUAAGACCACUAUCUUAAAUUGUUCUGCUGAUGGAUACCCUCCACCAGAAAUGAUCUGGCUUCUGCCAAAUGGGACAAGGUUUACUAACAGUCAAAAGAUUACAAAGUACCAACUGGGAAGAGAUGGCACCUUUAUCAUUUACAACCCCAGUAAGAGCGAUGUUGGGAAGUACAGGUGUGCUGCCAGGAACAAGGUUGGCUAUAUUGAAAAACUGAUUGUUCUGGAGGUUGGUCAGAAGCCAUACAUCCUCACUCAACCAAAAGGGCUCAUUAGAAGUAUCAGUGGACAGACUCUUUUCCUUCACUGUCUCUCUGAGGGUAGUCCCAAACCCAAAGUAAGCUGGACAGUUCCAGGUGGAUACAUGUUGUCUAGACCUCAGAUAAACGGGAAGUAUAUUCUUCUUGAAAACGGAACUCUUGUUAUUCAAGAUGCCGGUGUUCACGACAGAGGGAAUUACAUUUGUAAGGCACACAAUGACGGCGGGGAGGCUACAAUAACAGUGCCUGUGAUAAUCAUAGGCUACCCACCUCGCAUUACCAGCGGGCCACCGCAGAGCGUGCGCACGAGGGCCGGGGCAGCUGUUCAUCUUAACUGCGUGGCAAUUGGGAUUCCCAAACCCGAAAUCACGUGGGAGCUGCCCGAUCACUCAGUGCUUUCAACGGCUGGCAAAGGCCGGCCCGCUGGCAGCGAGCUUCUACAUCCACAGGGCACGCUGGUCAUCCAGAAACCAAGUGUUUCGGAUUCAGGAACAUACAAGUGCUUAGCCAAGAAUCAUUUUGGCACUGAUUCGAAAAUAACAUAUAUUCAAGUUGUGUAUUAAAAAAAAAAAAAAAAAACACCACGACAAAAAGAAUGUUUGUUGUUAAGUAUUUGUCUUGUUGUCCAAUAACAUUUUGUAAGUUUCCCACAUAGCCAGAGAUACUGAUAGAUUUCUAGAAGGAUUUUGUGGAAACUUACAUGGUCUGGUGAAGCCACCCACAGAAAGCAGCAUUGCAAAGCAGAAUACCAAAAAUAUGUUUCAAAUAAAAAGCAGCGACUUGUGGACAAUUUUGUAAAUACAGAGUAUAUUACUGUACCUUUUAUUACUCUAUUUGUAUAGCAUUUUUCCAGCAUUAAAACAUGCUCUGGUAGAAAUCAGUGAGCAUUGUGAUUUGAAAUAUCAUGUUUAAUGGAGGAUUUUGUACCUGAGGGUAUUGUUGCAUUGGUCCCCCCUGGUUAAAAAAUUGUAGCUCCCAUAAUGAUUUGCACUACUUGAUACUGGCCCACCCCUGUAUUUUGAAUUCUGGUAGUUUGCUCUGACACCUACCCUGGUAAAUGGAUUGGUCCAACAUUUGGUUGGUAACAAGGAGGGGGUCCUCUGUUCUACCUAAAGCUACUUGAGAAAUGCCUUGUUUAAAAUGUUUCAGUCUAGGAGCUACACCUAGCCAUACCAGCAUGGCAUACCACAGAACUGCAUGAGAUAUCAUUGUACAGUAUACAUUUGACUGUGUGAAAAUCAUGUCCUUGGGGCAACAGCAUGGAUGACCGUAUCUGAUGGGCACCCUAAUGGCAGGAUCAACAGACACAGCCAAGGAUAUUGUUACCCAGCCUGACAAUUUGCCAUUGCCUACAUGAAUAAAAAAUAAAUAAAAGCAAAUGAAACAAUAAAAUAGAAUCAAACCAUUUGAGCUUCUUCUUAGCUGUCCGAUUGCAUUUCAGACACAACCUCUGAAGACUUACUGUAGCACCACACUUGGUUCAUUAGAUUGGGUUUUCAUGCUAUAGGAUACAUUUUUGACAGCUCACAGGCAUUUUCUUUGGCAAAAUCUUUUAACUCCUACCUACCACCAGCAUCCAUGUGGGCCUUUAGGAAAAGCCAAACCAUGCUUUAUUUCCAGUCUUAAAUCAUGAAAACAAAACAGCUUUGUCGUGUUGCCCAUCUGUGUCCCCUUUUAGCCCCAAUGCAUGUUUAGCAUAAAUACUAUGCCUAGUGAGUUCAUCUGGCUAUAAAUUAGAAAGCCAAUUUCACAUGGCAUUAAAAUACCAGACAAGCAGUAUUACUUACAGCGGUAACAUUGACUAUACAUGACCAGUCAUCACAACCACUAGAAGGCUUCUGUUUCAUUCACACAUCACACUGCCACCCAGUGUAACGUCCAAUUUUGCAUUGGACUAAUUUGCUGCAGUUAAUAAACCAUAGAAGGUGCAUGACAUCCUUACAUUUUCAGUACAUUCCCACGAUGUGAGGCAUGAGUUUCCCACCUCUUUUUCUACAUGUUCUUUACUGUAUGUGUGAUUCUGGAAAACAAACGAGGGAACUGUUGAGUUAUACUAAAUGAGAGGCAAGAAUACUGUUUUUGCCUUCAUUACUAUAGUCUGGGCUAGGUAGUUCAUUUGUUCCAGAGUGCCGUGAUUUUAAGAACUCAUGAUUAACUGACGUCUGGCAGAGGCUAAACUGAAGAGCACAUGUGCUCCAUUUAUUUAAGGAAAAAAUCACCUCUGAAGUCCAAAAAGAACAGAGCAGGCAAACAUCCGAGUUAGACAGCGAGUGAAACGUCUGUGGAUGUGGAUGACAUUCUUAUUGUGAUUUUUGCCUGCUGAUGAAAGACAGUUCAUCUGUCAAAAUGUAACAUGGGAGUAAAACUGGAGGGCAAACUUAUUAUUUUCUUGACAGUAACCAGCAUGCAUAAAAAAAUAACCUUAUGGCACACCGGUAACUGUAGUUAAAAUUCAGCCACAUUUUUUAAAACUCAACUCAAAUCUGGAACAUGUAUCCUUUUUAAAAUAAGAAAACAAUAUUCACAAUAAAAAUUUUAUGUAUUAUAUAUUUUAUAUUAUGUUUUAAAUCUUGUUAUAUUAUGUAGGCCCACAAAACAAUAUGCCCACUUAAAAAGAAAAGUAUAAAUAACACACAACUCAAUAUUAGCGUUG